UCAUGAAAAUGGCGGCGAGUCAGGGAGCUGUGGGACCUGCUGUGGCUCUCCAGAGCCAGCAUUAUCCCAACGUCGCGCACUGGAACCCGGGUGUGAUGCAGCAGCAGCAGCAGCAGCAGCAGCAGCACCCGCUACACACCGCCCGCAGUCUGGAACGCGCUCUGGAAGAUGCCGUCUGCUCCGGGAUGCUCAACAUCAGCGGAAGAAAACUGCGCGACUACCCGGGGCUCAACUACGAUCUGACCGAUACUACACAAGCAGACUUGUCGAAAAACCAUUUUUGUGAAAUCCCUCCAGAAGUUUGUAUGUUUGCGCCGCUGGAGUCAUUAAACCUCUACCACAACUGCAUAAAGAUGGUUCCAGAGGCCAUUAUCAACCUACAGAUGCUUACCUACCUGAACAUCAGGUGUGUCUCGUCAAGUCAAGUGUAUUUAAUUCGAAAUCAGCUGUCCGUUCUCCCCAAGUUUCUCUUCAAUCUUCCUCUGAAAGUACUGGUGGUCAGCAACAAUAAACUCCCAUCUAUUCCUGAAGAUAUCGGAAAGGCCAAAGACCUCAUGGAAUUGGACAUCAGCUGUAAUGAGAUCCAGGUGCUUCCUGCUCAAAUGGGGAAACUCCUCGCGUUACGAGAACUUAACAUACGAAGAAAUUGUCUACAAGUGUUACCAGAUGAGUGGUCCGAUCUGCCGUUGAUCAGGUUGGAUUUCUCCUGUAAUAAAAUCACUGAGAUUCCCAUAUCUUACCGCAAACUUAAGCAGUUACAGCACAUCAUUCUUGACAACAACCCCAUGCAGUCUCCUCCUGCCCAGGUCUGCCUAAAGGGAAAUAUCCACAUCUUUAAAUAUUUAAACCUGCAGGCAUGUCGCCUGGAUAAAAAACCAGACACACUUGACCUGCCUUCUCUGGGAAAACGCUGCUUGCCUCAGCAGCUGACAGACAGUAUGGAAGAUUUCUAUCCAAGUAAGAACCAUGGCCCAGACUCAGGUAUUGGCAGUGACAACGGUGACAAAAGACUGUCGACUACAGAGCCAUCUGAUGAUGACACCAUGAGCCUCCAUUCUCAAGUGUCUGAGACAGCACGGGCUGACACACACAUACUUCUCACAAAGCUGGACUCAAACAAAGAUCAGGACCCAUAUGACUUUAUUGACCCAAAUCCAGAUGAAGAGGGCACUCUGUCUGAGGGAGAUCUACAGCACAAUGCACCCUAUGUGUCAUGUAUAAAGGAGCUGGAGCGGGUUCUGAAAACACACCAAAGCAAAGACAAAGAGAACUGGAAAGAGGAGUCUGGCUCCGAGAAAGAGCAGUUAGCUGAAGAAGAUGAGGAUGACUUAAAGGAAGUGUUGGAUCUGAGGAAGAUCGCAGUACAGCUGCUACAACAAGAGCAACAGAACAGGUUUUUCAGCCACUCAGGGAGUAGCACCAAACAAAGAACCCCAUCUCAGGCUGUUAGAAGUGCAUCGCUAGAUGAAGGAAGCAGCUCAGCCUCCGCCUUGAGUGGACAGGAGACUGAUCUCACUGAUGAAGAUGCAGCUUUCUCUGAGGCUUCUUCCUCUUGCUCAUUUGAUGGAAGUUUGAAAUCAGAGAGCAGUGACUCAGAGCCAAGAUGGCCAGAGGUUCCUCCUGUGCUCAACCAGAAUGAGGAUCGGAGGAGAAACAAGCACCUGAGAAAAGACUACCUGAAGUAUAAGUGCCAAAGUGCUCGAAGAAACUCCAGUGGCAAUGACAAUGAUUGUGAGGAGGGAAUGCGAUCUAAUGAUUUCACCACAACUCUGACUGUUUUUGGCCUGAACCCCAGAUCAGCGUUCUCUCGUGGAAAUCGUCAAGACUUUAGCGCCACAGAACCAAGCUUCACCAUGAGGAGAAAAAUGGAGCACCUCAGAGAGGAGAUGGAGCAGAUCAGACUCUUGCAGCAGAACCUCGAGUCUAGGCUAAAGGUUUUGUUGCCAGACGAUGUGGGUGCUGCUUUGAUGGAUGGUGUUGUUUUAUGCCAUCUGGCUAAUCACAUUCGUCCUCGUUCCGUAGCUAGCAUUCAUGUACCUUCCCCUGCGGUGCCAAAGCUGAGUAUGGCCAAGUGUCGGCGGAAUGUUGAGAAUUUCUUGGAUGCAUGUAAAAAGCUUGGAGUGCCACAGGACAAGUUGUGUUUGCCGCAUCACAUCCUGGAGGAGCGAGGUCUGGUAAAGGUUGGUGUCACUGUACAGACACUGCUGGAUCUUCCAUCAUCAAAACCCAACCAACUUUCUACCAUGUAGCAUCGCUGGAUCAUGGGACGUCCACUAGCAUCCCUUUAUCCUGCCUUACCACCACAUCCUCACUCCUCACUCUCAGUGCUGAUCUUUGAACUACUAUGGGGAAGUCAUGACCCUUCACCCUUCACAACUGUGGUGAACAGGCCGGCUUCCCCCUACCUCUUAUAAGCCUCUAUGGAGGGCUCUAGACAUUUUAAAGCUCCAGUAUUGUGCCCUAUAUGAGGGAAAAUGUCAUUCUUAAAGCCACACAUUUCAUUCUGAGGGGAAAUACCAGUUUCUAUUCCACAGCUGGCAAUGCUGUCUGUCCUCUCUUAAUGCUGGACACCUCUGUCUCCUUUCUUUUGUAUCUUCUUCUCAUCUCUCAUGUUCACUCUUCUCUUGGACCGGUGAGCCCCCAGCGGGUGUUGUUUCCUGUCUGUUUGAAGAAAUAAGUGAGGCAGAGACAUGUAUUGAUGUGCAUCUAAUAACCAGAUCUGCACCGAGGACACCUGGAAAGGACAGACAAAGGUGUUGCCAUAAAAAUGGUCAUUGCUGUCACAGCUGUUGAUGUACUGCAGUCAGGUGAGUCAUUGGCAGUGCAUUAGAGAAUAUUCAUAUUUUUCUGCAUGCCUGGAAGUUUUUAACAGUGAAGACACUGCUCACGUGCCUGCACAAGACAAAUACUUUUUAGUGUUCUUUUACGUACAUGCCAGCAUUUGCCAAAUGUUUGUUUUUCCUUGACUGUUUUUCUCACAGGUUUUAUUUAGUGCUUUACUUCUCACAGCCUGCGUGUGCCAGGAAUUCACAACAACAUAAAGUUUCGCGAGUACCAGUGUAAUUGCAUUGUGCUAAAUUUUUGUCUGUUGUGCAGGUCUUGGCAGGUAUGUGAAGUUUCUGCACUAAAAAUAGGCCAACUAAAAACAUUUGCAAAACCCAAUUAUAAUUACAGAGUAAGAACAGUCCUUUUCAUUAAAAAUGAAAUAUGUUAAUU